GUUUUUGGAACGCGGCCUUGCGGCCAGGCGCUGGGAGAGUCCUCGACCUGUUUUAUCUCUCCAUCCUCGCGGAGACCUGGAGGCUCAGGUCUAUUUUUAACCGCGUUUCAGAUAAGGAACCGGAGUGUGUAAGAGGCGCAGCUGCAGGAGCAGGGGGUGUGCAGCGGACGGGUGGGCGAGCUGGCCAGCGGCCCCCAAGCCGGGCUUGGCUCCUGGCUUGUGUCCGGGCUGCGGGAGGAGCCCCUGCGGCCAGGGGCUCGGUCCGAGGGCGCGGGCCUUCUGCCCUGGCCCUGCCCAUCUGACCUCCGUCUUCCCCCGGUUUCCCAGGAUGGUUCCCGGGAGGGAAUUGCCGCCGCCAACGGGUCGGACUGGUUUGGUAGGCGGCGGCCCGGGGGUGGGGCAGAGGCUAGUUACCUCGACCGGGCUCCGCAAGGCUGCCUUUCCUGUCAGACCCUUCCUGCCUGAGGUCCCCUGGGGGUCGGCCCCCAGUGGGGCAGCUUUCCUUUCCCACCUACGCCAUCCCUUCUGCCUUGGGAGCAGCUCUGUCUCUGGCCCGACAGCCCCGAAGGUUCUGCCGUUGCCGGCGUCCAGCUGCCAACUUUCUGCCUGGAUCUGGCUCCUCAUUUCUCCGGCCUUCCCAGACCAAAGCCCUCAGGGUAUGUAACAGCCAUGCCUGUGGACACACUGACUCCGGGAGCCCGGGACACCCCUGCCCUACCUUUCCGCCUGCGGACCAAAGUCCCCGGCUACCUGCUACGGCGGCCAGCAGAUGGUGGAGCCCGGAAACCCAGUGCUGUGGAGCGCCUGGAGGCUGACAAGGCCAAGUACGUCAAGAGCCUGCAUGUGGCCAACACCCGCCAGGAACCUGUGCAGCCCCUGCUGUCCAAACAGCCACUCUUCAGCCCUGGGACUCGCCGCACGGUGCUCACGCCUAGCCGCCGAGUCCUGCCUGGCCCUGGCCGCCGGCCCCAGCUGGACUUGGACAUCCUUAGCAGCCUUAUCGACUUGUGUGAUAGUCCCGCGUCCCCUGCCGAGGCCGGCCGUACCCCUGGACGGACAGAGGGAGCCCACCAGGCGCCCCCAGCCACCCCCCCACGCCCACCGCCCAGUACAGCUGCGGUUCGCCGAGUGGAUGUCCGUCCCCUGCCUGCCUCACCUGCCCAGCCCUGCCCAUCGCCAGGCACUACCACUGCCUCCAGCCCGGCCCGCCCCCCGGGUUUGCAGCGCUCCAAGUCGGAUUUGAGUGAGCGUUUCUCGCGGGCAGCGGCCGACCUUGAGCGAUUUUUUAACUUCUGCGGCCUGGACCCGGAGGAGGCAAGGGGGCUGGGAGUGGCCCACCUGGCGCGGGCUAGCUCAGACAUCGUGUCCCUGGCCGGGCCCAGCGCUGGGCCCGGCAGCUCUGAGGGGGACUGCUCCCGCCGCAGCUCUGCCACUGUUGAGGAGCGGGCGCGGGAGCGGGAGCGCGUCCCCUAUGGCGUGUCGGUGGUAGAGCGUAACGCCCGCGUGAUCAAGUGGCUGUACGGGUUGCGGCAAGCGCGCGAUACCCCAGCAGCUGAGGGCUAGGCUUCCACGGGACGCCGCAUUUGCCACAGACAGAUCUUAGAGAGGCAACUGGCCCCUUGACCUCUUCUGCAUCCAUUCGCGGGCUUGGGGCAGACCGGAGGCGGCUGCCUUGUGUGAACUUGGUGUGGAGGCGGAGCCUCAGAGGCGGGACCAGCAUCCACCUGGCAAGGACUGACUCUGGAGAGAGUUGCCCCCUGACCUUGGGCCACCCUCUGCCCUUCACAUGUAGAGGUUUUGACAUGAGUCCUACUUGGCUCUUAUUGUGGGUUUGGAUUUGGGGCACUUAGCCUUCUCUACCGAGAGUGAGGGGCCAAAGGAUCUUACUAGGCCUAGCGGUUCUGUUUCCUUCUUCCUUGGUCUCUGACGUUUGCUGACUUCCUCUUCCUCUCCCAGGGGGCCCUGGUUCCCUGGGAACUUACUCUGGGUGGGGGCAGGGCCUUGGCAGCCUGGCCUAGGUGGGUAGACUACAGGAGGGACUGAUAGAGUCUGUACUGCUCUGACUCCCCCCCCCCCCCCCUUUGGUUAAUAAACACAAAUGCUUGUUUUUCAAA